GCCGCAGAAGAAGAAACCGCAUCAGCAGAGAAGACUCUCGUCCGAAGAAACAUCCGCAGUAAAAUCAUGGAGGAAACCGCGAAAAAACAGAAAAAGCAGACCGAAAUCAAGGAGGAGAAGGACAAACAACCGGCGGGCAAAGAGAAGGAGAAGAAAGAGGAGCAGGAGCUGUCAGAAGAAGACAAACAGCUACAGGAAGAGCUGGAGAUGCUUGUGGAAAGACUCGGUGAGAAGGACACGUCUCUUUACCGGCCGGCUCUGGAAGAAUUGCGUCGUCAGAUUCGCUCGUCCACAACUUCUAUGACCUCAGUGCCCAAACCACUCAAGUUCCUCCGAUCUCAUUAUGCCAAACUUAAAGAGAUCUAUCAGAACAUGGCACCAGGAGAGAACAAGCACUUCUGCGCUGACGUGGUGUCGGUUCUUGCCAUGACGAUGAGCACCGAGCGAGAGUGUUUGAAAUAUCGUCUGUUGGGCUCGCAGGAAGAGCUCGCGUCGUGGGGCCACGAAUACGUCAGACAUCUGGCAGGAGAGGUCGCUAAGGAAUGGCAGGAGAUCGAGGAGGGUGAUAAAACUCAAAAGGAAGUUCUCCUGAAGCUCGUUAAAGAGAUUGUUCCAUACAACAUGGCCCAUAAUGCCGAGCACGAGGCAUGUGACCUGCUGAUGGAGAUUGAGAGACUCGACAUGCUGGAAACGUACAUUGAUGAAAAUGCCUACGCUAAAGUCUGCCUGUACCUGACCAGUUGUGUGAGUUACGUUCCCGAGCCAGAGAACUCGGCUCUGCUGAAAAGUGCCCUAAACAUCUUCCGCAAGUUUAACCGCUACCCAGAAGCCCUCCGACUCGCUUUGAUGCUCAACGACGUGGAGCUGGUGGAGAACAUCUUUACUUCCUGCAAGGACAUUAUCAUUCAGAAGCAGAUGGCAUUCAUGUUGGGUCGACACGGCAUGUUCCUGGAGCUUAAUGAAGACGUGGAGGAUAACGAAGAUCUGACAGAGAUAAUGUCCAACGUUCAGCUCAACAGCAACUUCUUAGCCCUCGCUAGAGAGCUUGAUAUCAUGGAGCCAAAAGUGCCAGAUGACAUUUAUAAAACUCACCUGGAGAACAACAGGUUUGGUGGCAGCAGCUCUCAGGUGGACUCGGCUCGCAUGAAUCUGGCCUCCUCGUUUGUUAACGGUUUCGUUAAUGCCGCGUUCGGCCAGGACAAACUGCUGACAGAGGACGGAAACAAGUGGCUCUACAAGAACAAGGACCAUGGCAUGCUCAGUGCUGCAGCGUCUCUAGGAAUGAUUCUGCUGUGGGACGUGGACGGCGGUUUGACACAGAUCGAUAAAUAUCUUUAUUCAUCUGAAGACUAUAUCAAAUCGGGGGCGCUGUUGGCGUGUGGUAUCGUGAACUCUGGCGUUCGUAACGAGUGCGACCCCGCGCUGGCGCUGCUCUCAGAUUAUGUCUUGCAUAACAGCAACAUCAUGAGGAUCGGAUCCAUUUUUGGGUUGGGUCUGGCGUACGCUGGCUCUAACAGAGAGGAUGUUCUCUCUCUGCUACUUCCUGUCAUGGGAGAUUCAAAAUCCAGCAUGGAGGUUGCUGGUGUCACUGCGCUGGCGUGCGGUAUGAUCGCCGUGGGUUCCUGUAAUGGUGAUGUCACUUCCACCAUCCUGCAGACCAUCAUGGAGAAGAGUGAACAGGAACUUAAAGACACUUACGCUCGCUGGCUGCCGCUGGGACUCGGACUAAACCACCUCGGUAAAGGAGAGGCGAUUGAAACCACGUUAGCAGCUCUGCAGGUCGUACCUGAGCCCUUCCGCAGUUUUGCCAACACGCUGGUGGACAUCUGCGCAUACGCAGGUUCUGGUAACGUUCUGAAGGUGCAGCAGUUGUUGCACAUCUGCAGUGAGCACUACGAUAAUAAAGAUAAAGAGGAAGAUAAAGACAAGAAAGACAAAAAGGACAAAGACAAGAAGGAGACGGCAGCGGAUAUGGGCUCCCACCAGGGUGUGGCAGUGUUGGGUAUUGCUCUCAUCGCGAUGGGUGAAGAGAUCGGCUCAGAAAUGGCCCUACGAACAUUUGGUCACCUGUUGCGUUACGGUGAGCCCACGUUACGGAGGGCGGUACCAUUAGCACUCGCUCUGAUCUCCGUGUCGAACCCGAGGCUGAACAUUCUGGACACACUCAGCAAGUUCUCGCACGACGCUGACCCGGAAGUGUCCCACAACUCCAUCUUUGCCAUGGGCAUGGUUGGCAGCGGCACUAAUAACGCGCGUUUGGCGGCUAUGCUCCGACAGCUGGCGCAGUAUCACGCCAAAGACCCAAACAACCUGUUCAUGGUCCGACUCGCACAGGGUCUGACUCAUCUAGGUAAAGGCACACUGACUCUCUGCCCGUAUCACAGUGACCGACAGCUCAUGAGUCAGGUGGCAGUCGCUGGACUCCUCACAGUUCUUGUGUCUUUCCUCGAUGUCAAAACCAUAAUCUUGGGGAAGUCUCAUUAUGUUCUCUACGGUUUAGUGGCAGCAAUGCAGCCUCGUAUGUUGGUCACAUUUGAUGAGGAGCUCAGACCUCUCCCAGUGUCCGUCCGUGUGGGACAGGCUGUGGAUGUGGUCGGACAGGCCGGUAAACCCAAAGCAAUCACAGGCUUUCAGACUCACACCACACCGGUGCUGUUAGCUCACGGCGAGCGAGCCGAACUUGCCACAGAGGAGUACAUCCCCGUCACACCCAUACUGGAGGGCUUCGUCAUCCUGCGCAAAAACCCAAACUAUGACACUUAAACACACACGCGGACAGAAGCACACUAACAGGGACCUCUGACAAGCGUGUAAAAUAUUUAGAGAUGCCUCAUCCUCCCCUAAUGUACCCCCCCUGUCUUUCUCUCGGACGGCAAGACACGUAGCACAUAGUAACAGUGACGUUUCUCUUCAUUUUUGUAAUUACAGCAUGAAACGAGUGUGUGAGUUUGUGUCAUCCUGCUUAAUAUUUUCUCCUUUUUUGGUUGUUUUUGUUACUUGUUCUGUGAAAGGUUGAGAUACAAAAAUAAAAUAAUUGUUGUCAAUAUA